AUGGACCAGAUCAGUGCAGGGUGCAUAGACUGUGGAAACAUAUUAGUUUGGCACACUGAAGGCAGUCACUGGAUCAACCUCAAGCCUGUAUUGGAACUAAUAGACAGAGGCCACAAUGUUACAGUGCUGGUAAACAGUGCUUCUCUGUACAUAGACCCCACGGAAUGCUCUCGCUUCAGCUACCAACCCUUCAAUGGCUCAGUCUCUGUGGAGGAUUGCCUUGAGGAGUUCAUACAUUUUUCCAUGUACGAGAUGGACCACCUGUACUACUGGCAGAUCCACUGGAGACUUGAUGAACUCAUACAAAGACAAAUUCAGCAAAACAUGCAGAUUGUGGAUGGACUGUUAAAGUCAGAGAGCGUCAUGGAGAGACUGAGAGAGGCCAAGUAUGAACUUCUAUUAGCUGAUUCCAUUUGGCCUGGCAGUAAGCUGGUGGUAGAGAUGCUGGGACUUCCUCUGGUUACACGUUUCUCUAUCGCCCACACCAGGGAGAGGCUCUGUGGGCAGCUUCCGGUACCAUUCUACGUCCCUAGUGCCAUGGUAAAAUGAACGGACAAAAUUAAUUUUGCUGAGACUGAGGAAUUUCCUGUUCUAUACGUCUUUUGGCGUGAUAUAGAUGACUACUACAGUGAUGCUAUAGGUGAGCCAACAACAACUUGUGCGAUGAUAGGAAACGCUGAUCUCUGGCUGGUCCGUACAUACUGGGACUUUGAGUACCCCCGACCUUUCCUCCCAAACUUCAAAUUUGUUGGAGGAAUCCACUGCAAGACCGCCAAGCUCUUACCAGAGGCCCUGGAGGAGUUUGUGCAGAGCUCUGGAGAUCACGCCAUUGUUGUGUUCACUCUGGGGUCCAUGAUCAGGAACAUGACCACAGAGCAGGCGGAUAUGAUCACCUCAGCCCUGGGACAGAUACCACAGAAGAUUCUGUGGAGGCACAGUGAGGAGAAGCCUGAGACUCUGGCUCCCAACACCAGAGUGUACAACUGGAUCCCACAGAACGACCUGCUGGGUAGCUAUAGGUUUUUUAUAACAAAGACAAUAAUUCAUUAUUAUGCCUGUUUGGUAUAGUGCAUAAACUAAUCUAAAACUAGAGCAUUGAUCACCCAUGGUGGAACCAAUGGAAUCUAUGAGGAUAUUUACAAUGGGGUUCCCAUGGUGGGUAUUCCUAUGUUUGCUGACCAGCCAGACAAUAUGAUCCAUAUGAAGGCCAAGGGAGUUGCUGUCAUCAUGGACUUCAACUCCAUGCAAACCUGGGACCUUGUGGAUGGACUCAAUGAUGUGAUCAAUAACCCAUCGUAUAGGGAGAACGCCAUGAGGCUGUCCAGAAUCCAUUAUCACAGACCGCUCAGUCCUAAGGAUGAGGCAUUGUUCUGGCUGGAGUUCACUAUGAGAAACAGAGUCCAGGCCCAACAGCUCACCUGGUACCAGUACCACAGCCUGGAUGUGCUGGCUCUGCUUCUGGCUGUCCUGCUGCUCCUAACCCUCCUCUUCAUCAAAACAGGCUUCUUCUGCAUCAGGAGUUGCUGUUAUGGAACCAAGUUUAAAAGCAAGGCAGAGUGACAGCUUCAGCCAUAUAAAUACAAUGGACAUCUCUAUUCACGUCAAUUAUGGCAUAAUGGGUGGACUGGAAGCCUUUGAGUGUGCACGUAAGAGCAGGAAAUAAAAGCAGUAAGUAAAAACAUCAACAUGUGUUGUGAUUUGUUAAAUCAACUCAACUGACAUUACAAAAAAAUACAUUCCAUUGCAUGAGCCACAUCAGUUAGCCUCAUUUGAAUUAACAUUCUAUAUUACCAUGGAAAUGAUUGCAUCGUAAUACCAGGCAGCAAUGGAGUGUAUCAAUGAGUUUAAUCAGUCAAAUUGCCAGGGUUAGAGGUCCCUUGCCCGUUCUAUUCAUUCAAUUUAUGGGUUCAGCACCAGGCAAUAUUAUUUCAAUACUGUUACUUGACUUUCUUCCUCAUCAGGGAGAAGUGAUAGCCACCAAACAGAAUGUUUUGUCUCAUAUUGUACGUUCCAUUUAUUUUAGUUAACGUUUGCAUUCAUUGCCUGGUUGUAGAGGAAAUUACAGGCUUUACACAAGUUGGACCUGUUCUUUCAAAAUA